GGGCGGGAGCAAUUCCUCCAUUUAAAUGCCCGUUUGAUAUUCAAAGUGCUGCAUACUCUGACAGCAAGUCGUUCACAGCAACAAAGCAAGUUAGUACAGGAACCCCGACGCGUGUCAAAACUGACCGAACAUGAAACAUCUUCUUCUUCUGCUCCUCAUCCUCCAGAACCACAAAAUCCACAUGGACGGGAUCGAGAGGAGCCAGGAUUGUGGCUGGAGUUGUUCUGAGGGUCUGCAGUGUAAACCCAGAGUUUACUCUCCACUCUCAGCAUUUCACUGCAGGAAUCAGCCUGUUAGCAGUGCCGUGUUCAGUGAUGUGAUGUUAUCUAGUGUGCUGGCAUGUGAAGAGAAGAAAUGUUCACUCCAGCUUAAAAUUGCAACGUCGGUGAAUGCCACUGGCAAUAUCCGUGGAGUUUCGGUGUGUGCCGACUUUGCUGGGAUGAUGGGACAUUGCCAGGUUUACACCUUUGGUCAUGUCGGCAAGGGAAAAGCCACAGGAAAGCUGGUUGACGUGAGGUUUAAAUGUGUUCCUGUUAGACCUGGGCAGCUUGUGUUUGUGACUCUCAAAACCAUUCCCAACUACUGCACGGCCAUGUGGACACAAAGACACCUUGUUCCGGAUUGCAGCCAUGAAGGUAUCAGAGAUGAAAUUGCAGAGUGCAUCACUGGGAAGCUGGCGUACACUGUAGAUAAAGACAGAAAUACGUUAACAGUGAAAGUGAAUGAUGCUCCAGAGGACACAGACUACAACCUCAGGCUCUGCCAUAAACGUAAUAUCAUCUGUGCUGGGGAAGGAGCUCAUAGGAAGAUAAAACCGCAACAACUGCAGAGUAGCAUAAUGCUUCAUUAUUCCAAACCAUUACCCUGUUUGUGCAUUGAGGGUUGGCCUGCUAGAGUAGAUGCAAGGAGAGUUCAAGCGUGUCCAUUCAAAAAUAAUUUAGAAGAACUGUGGUCUGGGAUAACCUAUGAUGUUAAUGAGGAAGAGCUGAUAUGGGAGCCGCAGUGUCCUGUCAGAGUGUCAGUUUCUCUGUGUCAUGCUGAUGGACAGAACAGUUGUCUAGACAUUGGGAAAGUUUUUCAUUCAGAUGGACAAAAAGUGAUAUUCUCUUCCGUGGAUCCACACCCAACGCUUUGCACGAAGUUUACUACUGAAGUGGGGACAUGGAUAAAGUGUCCUUUUACCAAAGGAAAUUUCUCAGUCUGGACAGCAAAGGUUACGGUAAAAGAUGGUCAGCAGUGGGCAGAGAUUUCAACAUGGGUCAAAGCCAGCUUCUCGAUUUCCGUCUGUGAGAUGAAACCCUCCUCUCAGUGUGAACGAAUCGAGGGAAACAAGCUCCAGAACCAUUCUUUGGACAAAAUGAAGCGCGCAGUUUUCAACUUGUCUAAAAGGGCGUGCGAAGUGUGCAUCUGCAUCCAGGUCCAGAGGGUAGAUGUGCACUUUUCAGUCCCUGUACUGCAAUGCAACUUGCAGUGUUCAAAUUGGUGCCGCGACCCGGAAAGAAGUCAGGACAUCGAGAAGAUUUUAUUGCCUGCUGUCAUUUUUCUGAUGCUGAUCAUGGCAGCUGUCUUGUUUGGUAGAAUCAAAAUAAAAGAUGGGGAUGAAAAGAGAACAGCGUGGACGAAACUCACAUGUCUGAGGAUGAAUCAGUGACGCAUGCCUUCAGGAUGCAAGAGGAUGUAGAUUAUAGGUCAGUUCUUAAUAAAGAACGGACGUCAAAUCUUUUUUUUACUGUGAGACCGAAGCUUAGCAUAAUAAUAUGUCUUGUCUGAUGAAAGUCGUAACGUCUGAAAAAUGUAUCUAAAUACAUUGUUGUUGUUUUUUCAUGCAUGAUGUGCAAUGACGUGCAAUAUAUCAAUGCCCACAGAAUUUUAAGCAUUUGUAUAUAAAACUUUUGUAUGCGAUUUCAAUAUAAGACUGAAUUUAUGUGGCAUAGUUUCCUGCUUUGCCUAAGCAAAUUGUUUUUUUUUCUUCACCAAUGAAUUAAUACGUUUGUGCAGCAGAGGGCGGUGUUGCUAACAAAUGAAUGCCUGUCAGCCGAGUGAACGAGUUUUUGCUUCUCAUGUUGAUAUUUCUCUCACGUCAGGAUUGAAACUAGGUCACAAAUGGGUGGUCAGCUUAUAGACACUUGUGUAACCCCAACGUGUUGGUUCACUGCCAUAGAAACGUAUGCAGCUGCACAUGUCCCUGGGUCGCCUGUGCCUGUUGUCAUGAUAUUCGAUGACACACUUUUUUUCUCCGAUUCCGAGGAUGCAGAGAUACUGUAUGACAUUCCUGGACGAUGCGGCUCUGCCGAUGGGAGGGGCCGGGGCGAAAUCGGCUCCGGGGUUUGCUGAUGAAAACAUUCCUGAAGGAUAGAGUAAAGCCCAAACAAUAGAGCUCAAUCAUAGAUACAGGACAAAUACAGUUUGGGGAGAUUCCACCAUCGUCCAUCUCAGUCUUUGAUUUUUUUUAUUAUUGUGUUUCAUGUAUAUCUGAUUUGUUUUGUAUUUUUUAAAUCAUGCUUAAGAGUUCACAGGGUGCACUUGAAAAUAAAAGGGAUUUUGCAGUAGCA